AUGAGCAGACUACAAAACACAAGCACAUCAGUCAUGAAACAGAGAGUAUUAAAAGCUGUCCUGGUUCAGGUGCUUAUGACCAAGAAUCCUAUCAGUGCACUUAUGGAAGCAUGUGCCCAGGCUGGGCUUAAAGUAACCUUUCAAGAAUAUGAUGAGUCUUUGCGAGGGUUCGACAAAAUAUUCACAUGUGAUGUGACUGUUGAUGGUGUUCUGAGUAGCUGUCGCGCUUAUGGUCCAACAAAGAAGGAGGCAAAGGGGAAUGCAGCAAGAAAAGCAAUUGAAGAACUGACAUUUGACCCUUCUCUAGGAAACAGUUCCACAUACAAGAUGUCACAGGUAUCUAGUGAAUCAAGAAUAUCCCCUUUGCAUCCAAAGACCGCUCCUCCAAAGGGUCCAGAGACAGUAGAGAACUACAUCGGCACACUCCAGGAGUACACAGCUGCUCAUAGAUGGCCGACUCCUAAAUAUAGCGAAGAUAUGCGGGGACAAGACCACUGCAAAGAGUUCAUUGUAAAGUGCAAUGUGAAGGAAUGGACGAGUCAAGGUAUUUAUGGCAACAAGAAAACAGCAAAGCAACUAGCGGCGAAAAAUAUGAUGAAACUUAUAACUUCUAGUACGAGUGGAGACAGCCCAGGGUGUACCGCAAGGUUGAGCACUAGGUUGACCUCUAGCAAUAGGUCCUCUAGUCCAGGAUCUGUCCAUUCUCCAACACGUCAAUCCUACAGAUCUGGACAGGACGAGGCAACGCAAAACGACCUUGCGAAGCUGCAAAGAAAGACCAUUUCAAGGGGCAUGAAUCUGGAAUGGAAAUAUUUACGGGAAAGGGGAGUCAUAAGCAACAACCAUAUGUGCUUUGUUCGAGUACACAGCGACCCCGUCAUUGUGUGUAGUGGAGAAGGCUUGACAAAAGAGUGUGCGCGCAAUGACGCGGCUCACAAUGCAUUGCAGUGCUGGAUAGCCUGACUGCUUUUCUUUUCUCUAUCGAUCUCUAGACCAGAAGAUUUUUAAUAUAAUACUUAAAUCAUUGUCAAAGCUUAACUACGGGGCCUCACCAUUAUAAUAAAGGUAAUGGUACUUAACUUCCCGAUUUCUAUAAAACAAGCCAGUAAAUACAAUGAAAAUGCAAAUCAGUGGACAUAGGGCCCUGAACACAAAGUGCACGUGUGACUGAGAACGAGUGUAAUGUACAGUCAUAAGUAGAAACUUUUGUAAGUAAAUAGCUUUAUUUUGUGACAUUUUUCCACCAGUAAGCUUUUUC